AUGUUUUAUUCAGAGACACUUCUUUCUAAAACUGGACCGCUUGCACGUGUUUGGCUCUCUGCCAACAUUGAGCGAAAGCUAUCAAAAAAUCAUGUCUUGCAAACAAACGUAAAAGAUAGCGUUGAAGCCAUUGUUACGCCAAACCAAGCACCUCUUGCACUUCGACUAAGCGGCCAGUUACUUCUUGGUGUAGUGAGAAUAUAUAGGCGAAAAGCUAAUUAUCUUUUGGACGACUGCAAUGAGGCCCUUUUAAAAAUAAAAAUGGCUUUCCAGACCUCUGGAAAUAAUGACAUGGCAGAAGGUAUCAAUUUGCCAUCACGUGAUGCCUUGAUGCUUCCCGACGUACUCACUGAAGGUGAUGUCCUUGAAAUGCCGCCUCUACCAGACGCCGCAAUUUUCCUUUCGCAAAUAGACGAUAACUCAAAUGCACGAAAGAAAAGGGCUGGCAGCAAGGAUAUCAAUUUGCAGGAAGACUUUGUAGCAAGUCAAUUCUUGCAAUCUAAUACUGAAAAUUACGAAGAUAUUCUAGAGCCCAUGGAUGAGCUUGAACUAGGACUUGACUUGGGCUUUGAUCAUGAUACCGAACCCCAAGGUGAUUCAAGUCUUGAAAUUGCGCGUUCCGCCCCAGACGAAAGAGAUGCAGGAGAUGACCUUCUCAGUAAAAUUGAUAUCCAAAUGCCCACAAAGGAUAGCUUUGAUACGGCGGAACGCGAUACAUCUCUGAACUUGGAAUUUGGAGAAGAUGGCAUACAAAUUGCGAACGAGGACAGUAUUCGGAUGAGUCACAAUGAUGAAGAUGUCGAAAUGUAUAUGGGUGACGAUCAAAAUAUUGGUCUAUCCACUGUGCCACUUAUUCAACCCGAAAGAAUCUCUGAAUCACCUCUGUCAGAUAUCGAUGAUGUUUUGACCGCCAACGCCGAAGCUGAACGUGAACAUAACAAUAACGCAACGUUUGAUGAAAACAGAAGGGUUGACGAGGAAAUUCCUGAAAUAUCGCUAGCCCGCAAGCCAGCACAAAGAGCUCGUCGUCAACGCCAAUUGCAACCUGAUCCAACUACUGAACUGAGCAGCGCUCAAAUAAAAAGCCAGCAAACAAAUAGAGACAAAAUCCUUCAUACCCAAUCACUUCUUCCACGUGAACCCAGGUUAAUCGCACUGAUGCACAUGCAAAAAACUGGUGCAUUUGUCUCUAAUAUAAUAAGUGGAUAUCGAAGUGAUUUCUGGGCUCCAGAGCUUCGUGGGAUGCUUUCUUUAGGCUCCAUCCAAACUCUCAAGCGAAAACGUAACACUGAAAACAACAACACGGAUAUCACUGAAGAUCAGGGGUCACCUACCAAGCUUCGUCUUGAUCUCGGCGAAGACGAGGCUAUGAAUAUCUCAAGAUCUGAUAACGACGCAACCCAAUUACCUCCGAUUAACGAGAUUGAAACAACCGUCAUUGAACAAGAUUCUGCUGCCAUAGGUAUUAUCGGUGAAGAUGUUACUGCACCUGUAUAUGACGACGAACCGGAAAAUAUAUCUAGUCAUGAAGAAGCUCACCCACCAACCGAGGAAUUAGAUGAAUCUAUUGCUCUACAAAAUCAUACGAGCGAAUUAGAACCUAUGUCUGUAGCAACCAAGCAUGCUGUACACCUACUUCGUGAUUAUUUCGGUGACGAAGCUACUGAACCCCCCGCCCAUGGACCGGAAAUGAGUGUUCUUUUUGAGGACCUUUUACCAACAGAAUCUGUCAGUCGUGCGAGUGCAACCAAAAUAUUUUUUGAAACGCUUAUUCUCGGCACAAAAGAUGCUAUUAAGAUUGAGCAACCAAAGACAAGUCUCGGAGCUUCGAUUUGUAUUCGACCCAAGCCUGGUCUUUGGAGUGCAUGGGCAGAACGUGAGAUUAAUGGUGAUGACAAGGCCCAGGAGAAUGAAGAAGCCGAUACCGCAUCUGAAAUUACAUAA